CUACCACAAACUAAUGGUAUGGUGACAGGAGUAAGUGUUGCAGUUUUACAAAACUAAAUUUAACCUAACUUAUCCUUUCAAAAAUUUUAAGGAGGCCCUUGUGUGGUGAAAAGUGUUUUUCAGUAUGUAUUUGUGGAGAAAGUUUUUUAUUAUUCACACUAAGGCCAUACAAAGAAAAUACUGGAGCACAUGCAUAAAGUUGGCACAUUUGGCCUGAAUGGAGGAAUGAGAGGAAUAAGGAAAUAUUAAAUAUUUCUGUCAAAUACUGCUAAAAUAAAAAAAAAAACAGUAUUUCUCUUUGUGGGUCUUUCCUGCAGAACAUGUUAAUACACCCUGGAAAAUCCUCAUUUUCUGAAGUGAGAUUAAUAUAUGCAAGUUCACCAUCUUAUUUCUUAUGAAAUGCUUAUAUAUUCUGAAGUUCGUAAGUGCUUGUAUUUUCAAAUAGUGUUCUAGGUAUUCAUUUACUAGUGAUGAAUGGAGGUACAAGAGAACUGACAAAUGUACAAGCUUAAUGCAUGGUGACAACCCUACAGAAAGCUCUUUUCAUUUGCGGCUUUUUAGAGUCAUUUUAAGUUGGUGAAUUUAGCCAAUCAGCUUUCUUGUCUCUGCUGACAUCACUAACUAGCCAGUUCCCUCCAGCUGCAGAGAGCUUCAGUUUCUUUUUUUUUUUUAAACUAAAAUGGAGGCUGGUUUCUUGCCUUAAGGAGUACAUUGCUUUCCCUGCUGAAGCCUAGAUGUUGACAUGUAAUAAAGCUGGCAGCAGGAUGGUUGUGGACGCAGCCAAUUCAAAUGGGCCAUUCCAGCCCGUGGCUCUUUUACAUAUUCGAGAUGUUCCCCCUGCAGAGCAAGAAAAACUUUUUAUUCAAAAAUUGCGACAAUGUUGUGUCCUUUUUGACUUCGUUUCUGAUCCACUAAGUGACCUAAAGUGGAAGGAAGUAAAACGAGCAGCUUUAAGUGAAAUGGUAGAGUACAUCACACAUAAUCGAAAUGUGAUUACUGAGCCCAUAUAUCCAGAAGUAGUACAUAUGUUUGCAGUUAAUAUGUUUCGCACACUACCACCUUCAUCCAACCCAACGGGAGCAGAAUUUGACCCAGAGGAGGAUGAACCAACCUUAGAAGCUGCCUGGCCUCACUUACAGCUUGUUUAUGAAUUUUUCUUAAGGUUUUUAGAAUCUCCAGAUUUCCAACCUAAUAUAGCUAAGAAAUAUAUUGAUCAGAAGUUUGUAUUGCAGCUUUUAGAGCUCUUUGACAGCGAAGAUCCUCGUGAAAGAGAUUUUCUUAAGACUACUCUGCACAGAAUAUAUGGGAAAUUCUUAGGCCUAAGAGCCUAUAUCAGGAAGCAAAUUAACAAUAUAUUUUAUAGGUUUAUUUAUGAAACAGAACAUCACAAUGGCAUAGCAGAAUUACUGGAAAUACUAGGAAGUAUAAUUAAUGGAUUUGCCUUACCAUUAAAAGAAGAGCACAAAAUUUUUCUUCUCAAGGUGUUAUUGCCUUUGCACAAAGUGAAAUCACUCAGUGUCUACCAUCCACAGCUGGCAUACUGUGUAGUUCAGUUUUUAGAAAAGGACAGCACGCUUACUGAGCCAGUGGUGAUGGCACUACUCAAAUACUGGCCAAAGACUCACAGUCCAAAAGAAGUUAUGUUUUUAAAUGAAUUAGAAGAAAUUUUAGAUGUUAUUGAACCCUCUGAAUUUGUAAAGGUUAUGGAACCUCUUUUCAGGCAGCUAGCCAAGUGUGUCUCCAGUCCACACUUUCAGGUGGCAGAACGAGCACUAUACUACUGGAAUAAUGAGUAUAUUAUGAGCUUAAUCAGUGACAAUGCAGCAAAGAUUUUGCCCAUCAUGUUUCCAUCUUUGUACCGGAAUUCAAAGACUCACUGGAACAAGACAAUACAUGGCUUGAUUUAUAAUGCUCUGAAACUCUUCAUGGAGAUGAACCAAAAACUGUUUGAUGACUGCACACAGCAAUUUAAAGCAGAAAAACUCAAGGAGAAACUAAAAAUGAAGGAACGGGAAGAAGCAUGGGUUAAAAUAGAAAAUCUAGCCAAAUCAAACCCCCAGUACUCAAUAUAUAGUGACACCUGUCUGGUGAGCAGUCCUGUUGCAAUGGAAACAGAUGGGCCUUUAAUUGAAGACUUGCAGGUGCUGAGAAAGACAGUGAAAGAAGAAGCUUGUCCGGCACCGAAGGAACAGAAAAAGGAGCGUCCUGUGAUGCGGCGCAAGUCUGAACUGCCUCAGGAUAUCUAUACCAUGAAAGCCUUGGAGUCCCAUUGCCGAGCUGAUGAUCUAAUAACACAUGAUGGGCAUUAGACAAUUCAACUGAAAUCUUAUUUGCAAGAAAACCCUUUUUUCUGGACUCUGUUCCACAGUAGAGAACUUACUUUUUGUGCCAUACUGAUCAGUUACACAUGUCAAAGCUUUUUUCAACCCUGUUCUGUUAGGCAAUAAUUUUGAUACAGUGUGUGCAGCUCAAGAUUAUUAGUUCAAACAAUGGUAGAUUACCUGAUUCUAUAUGCAGAAACUUGGGUUGGUUAGAGUUAAACUAAGGUAUUUUCUUGAUGCUGUUGUCAUAGUACCAAUCAAUCAGAAAUCUACGAUUUUUCAUAUUACUACAGAGAGAGGAGCAGUCUUUUGGAAGCACAUCUGCUGUGCAACUUCCAGAAUCUUUUCAGGCUACCUAACACAUCACUUUUUGUGUAUACACAGAAAGCAGUUCUGUAUGGGGGAAAGCAUGAAACCAUAAUAUUAGUCAUCAUGUUUGCUAUAUAUAUAUAUAUGCUAGGAAGCUACAGUUAAACUGCAGCUUCUAGUUCUUGUAUAUCAUGCACAUGUGUAUCCCCCCCCCAAAAAAAAACACAUGUGUGAAUGUCAUAUAAUGACAAGCUACACAGGAGUUUCAAGUUUUUCCUAUAUAGGACAGAUUUCUGGGUAACGUGUACCCUAUAAAGUGGACUUGCAUUGGUUUUUGCUUUGCAAGCCCCAUUGAAAUGACUAGAAGUUGCACUACAGCGGUGUUUGGCAGACUGUUAGGCCCACUUUCUUUCUGUCCUCCAUCUCAAGUUGGUACUGUAGCAAUGGUCUAAAUUCUAAAUUUAUAUAUCGCUAUUAGGCAUUUUUAAAUGACAGAAAAUGUUUGACGAAAAACAACCCUACAAAAACAACCCUAGGCACAUUCUGGCAGGUUGGAAACAUAUAGUUAAAUUGAUUUCUCAGUGCAGCUUACAGAAUGGUAAUUUUCAUGACAAUCUUCAAUCACGACUAAUUUUGAGAAGCUCUGAAAACUGUUCCAGAGAAAGGCACCCUUGUCUGAAUACUUUUUAUGGAUUGAAGCCAUAUUUUCCAGUCCUUUAGCAUAUAAUACAAAAUAACUAUUUUGGAACUGAGCUAUCUGCAUUGCCUAGAAAUAAAUUUUAAAAAUUCAUUGGAUACCUCUUUCAUUUUUCAAUUUUUUUUUGUUAAUUUACCCAAAUGCUUCACUGUUUAUUUCCUUAUGAGCUUCUACUACAUGAUAUACUUUCGGCUCUUAAGAAUACUUAUUACAGACAUCAUGCAACCAGCUUAGCUGAAUACACUUCUCUGGAGUUCAUCAUCAGUAACUUUUUAGAUUAUUUUUAAUAAGACAAAAGUUUUUACAAAGGCUUUACACAUUUUUUCAAAUGCCUAUCUUAAGUAGGAGCUGAGAAAUGAGUUUUAGUAAUUCUGCUGUUCAAUACUUUUAUCUGUGGUGAAGAGUCCAUAUAAUACAUACACACCUCACGAGAAAAGUAAAAAUUCAUCUGAGUUGCUGUUGAUCUUCAAAUGCUGCUAUAUAUUCCACAAGAUUACUUGCAUGUUAUGAGAUCUUUUUUCAUUGUUCUAGUUGGGAACACAUGAAUGCAUUUUCAUAUAUAUAUAUCCAUAUAUAUAUAUAGUGCUUUGUCUUCAAUAUUUGAUUUCUCUCAGGGUGGCCAGUAUUUUAGACACUUAUAACCUGCUCAAGAGCUGUUUAAUUUACAAUAAGUGACUUGUUUCUUUUGUCUCUGCCAGUAACAUGACAAUGUUUAAUGUUUUGAUGCAGAAAAGUUUCACGCAGCUUCUUUAAAAUAGUUUUUUUUAAGGAAAUAAGGUAUCUUGAAUCUAUAAAAAUUAUUGUGCAAAACAGGCAUUUUAGUAACCUUGUGCAGAUAUAGUAGUGCCUGCUAUCUGGUCUCAAAAUAAAAUGUCCAACCUAUGGAAAGAAAAUUAGAUCAGGUGUGAUGGAAAUUACUGCUAAGACAAAGUUAAAUCUAAAGACCACUCCGAGCUUUAAAUGAAAUACCCAUUCUGUGUAAAAAUAAUUCCUGUUAAACUUGAAAAUGGAUAUGCUUUGCCAUAAUGACAAAACUAUAACUAAAGCAGUUCAAAAUGUUUUUCUCCAUUUUGAGGGGGGAAAGGGUGCUUUUAUACUAACAUAAAGUAAUGUCUCUAUGUAUUUUGAUAUACCAUUGUUUGAACUUCCAUCUUUAGCUGAUAACUUAUCGAAUACCUUUUUUAUAAUUUGGCCAUUCAGUAGGUUCAUGAAAGAGGCUUCUGGAAUGAAGCACUUGAAUUUUAUCCUGUGGGGGGAAUGGGAAAAUAUUGUAUAUCAAUGUUUGGUUGACUGUGUAACGCUCAAUGUAUAAGAUCUUUCACUGUCUAGAUUUUAUUUUUGCUCUUUACUGAAGAUAAACAUUCACCAAAAAGCAAAUACUCUUGGAUAGAUAAAGGAAUUAUGCCAUGGCAAUUUGCUCUUGAGAUUUUGGGCCAGUUGACAAACUUGCCUAAGCAAUAUUCUAAAAUUUAGCAGCACUAAUUCUAUGGCUCAUUUGUUAUCACCAUUUUUAUGCUUUGUAUAAAUUCUGUAUUAAAUUAUUCUAAGAACUAAUACAUCCAAAAUAAAAAUGUGCAAAUAAAAUUGUUUUGGUGACUGUUGUUCUUCAUAAAGUUCAGUGUUAGCAACCUUCCCAUGUUCUCCAGAAUUCUAUGCCUGUAUAUCAGGAAUGUCAAAAAAAUAUUACAAGUGUCUUUUUUUCGUGUGGCUUUAGUAUGGCUUCAUUUUAAUAUUGUACAUACAUUGUACUUUGUUUUAUUGUAAUGAGUAAUAAAAAUGUAGACUUCAUAUUUUGUACAGAAUGGUCCUAUGUACAGAAUAAAAAGUUCCUAGAAACAGCAAAAACAGUA